GGCGUUCCUGUCCAACGGGUGUGCUUUCCUUAUUCGCUCGCGUUCGCGAACUGUUUUUUGGAAACACAUAUAUAAAUAUCGAAUUUGCGAUAAUUUACUGUUGCGCAUCACAAAAAAUACAAAUAGUGUGCUUAAGCGCAAAACGUUAUCCUUGUCAGCCAGGGCGGCAAAAAAAAAAAUUAUUAACAAUAAUUGAAUGGUUGAAAAAGAAAAGCACAAACACACAUGAUCAGUGAAGUUUAAAAUUAUAGCAAAUAUUUGUGAAAACAUUAGAUAAAGUGUUUGUGUUAAAUAAAUACAUUAAUGUGCCAUAUUUAAUAUUGUACACAAAUACAUCUUUAACCGUUAAGGCGAGGGUGCAAAAAAAAUUUGGAGGCUCAGCGCAUUAAAUAACAAACAACAAAAUGGAUUUAUCAAGGCGGUUGCGUUCAACGGCCUUGAUAUUAUUCAUCCUGCUCUUUUGUGUUCAAUCUACUUACUCCAGAUUCUACGGCACGCGACAAAAAAGACAAUAUGGCGCUAAUAUGUACUUGCCAGAGAGUUAUAUUGUGCCCGGCGGCGAGGCUGACGAUUCCGCUGAAUGGACUGACUGGAGCUCACCAUCGGAAUGCUCACGCACAUGCGGCGGCGGUGUGGCGUAUCAAACGCGAGACUGCCGUAGAACAGCUCCGAAUGGUGCGCCGCUUUGCAAGGGCGGCAAUCGCAAAUACUUCUCAUGCAACACACAAGAUUGCCCCGAGGGCGAACUUGACUUUCGGUCGCAACAGUGCGCACGUUUUAAUCGCGUGCCCUUCGAUGGUAUCACCUACGAUUGGGUGCCGUACACGAAUGCGCCGAAUCCAUGCGAGUUGAAUUGUAUGCCUGUGGGUGAGCGUUUCUAUUAUCGUCAGAAAGCGAAAGUGAUCGAUGGUACACGCUGUAAUGAUCGGGAGCUUGAUGUGUGCGUGGAUGGUCAAUGUCAGCCCGUGGGUUGCGAUAUGAUGUUGGGCUCGAAUGCGAAGGAGGACAAGUGUCGUAAGUGCGGGGGCGAUGGUAGCACGUGCCAUACGAUUGCAAAUCAUUUUGCAGCGAAUAAUUUUCAGAGUGGUUACAACGAUAUCGUACUCAUACCGAGCGGUGCCACUAAUAUACGCGUGGAAGAGACAGCGCCUUCGAGCAAUUACUUGGCCUGCCGCAACUCGACCGGACACUUUUACUUGAAUGGUGAUUGGCGCAUUGAUUUCCCACGUCCAAUGUACUUUGCCGGUUGUUGGUGGAACUAUCAAAGAAAACCCGCUGGUUUCGCUGCGCCUGAUCAGCUGACGUGUAUGGGCCCCACAAACGAAGCUAUCACGAUCAUGAUGUUGGUGCAAGAUAAGAAUAUUAGCAUUGACUAUGAGUAUAGCAUACCGGCGUCGGUUAAUCAUCCAUUGCCGGUGGAGUACUCUUGGACCCAUUCGGAAUUCGAACCAUGUAGUGAACCUUGUGGUGGCGGUACACAAACACGUACAGUCACCUGCACUAAUCGCAUGACACUCGAGACUGUCGAUCCCAAUUUAUGUGAUGCCGCCAAAAAAUUGCCGGAGGAACAAUCUUGUAAUGAGGAUCCCUGUGCACCACGUUGGGUAGAGGGUGAGUGGGGUAAAUGCUCGAAAGGCUGUGGCGCUGAUGGCAUGCAAAAUCGAACUGUCACCUGCGAACGUAUAUCUCCCAAUGGUACGCACACAACAGAAGAAGACGCCGUAUGCUUGAAAGAUGUCGGCAAUAAGCCAGCUACCCAGCAGGAGUGCAAUAGAGAUGUGAAAAACUGUCCGAAAUAUCAUUUGGGUCCGUGGACUCCGUGCGACAAACUGUGCGGUGAAGGUAAACAAAAGCGAAAGGUUACAUGCUACAUUGAAGAGAACGGCCGAAAACGGGUGUUGCCAGAAGAAGAGUGUGUAGAAGAGAAGCCGCCCACUGAAAAGGAAUGCAUGUUGACUCCCUGUGAAGGUGUGGACUGGAUUAUUUCAGAAUGGAGCGGGUGCAACGAAUGCGGCCAGAAGACCGAAACUCGUACUGCCGUCUGUGCAUCCAAACUUGGCGAGAUAUAUUCUGAUGAAUUUUGCGCUCCCGAAGUACCAACUCUGUCACGUCCUUGCGAGUCGUCUAAAUGCAAGCCAAUAUGGUUCACAUCCGAAUGGAGUAAAUGUUCUGCGGCAUGUGGAAAGGGUGUUCAAUCGCGUAUUGUGAUAUGUGGAGAGUUCGAUGGCAAAAGUAUAAAGCCAGCCGAAGAAUCUAAAUGUGAUGCUUCAGCAAAACCGGAAACGGAACAGGAGUGUGAAGGCGAAGAAAAAGAAUGUCCUGGUCAAUGGUUUACUGGGCCAUGGGAACCUUGCAGUAAACCAUGUGGUGGAGGGGAACGCACUCGUGAAGUGCUCUGCUUAGCUAAUGGCACAAAGUCGCUGAACUGCGAGGAGUCCAAAAUGGAAUCUUUGUCAGAGAAAUGCAAUACACAAGCUUGUACUGAAGAUGAACUGUUGCCAGUCGAUAGCACCGCAUCACCAAUUCCACCCGAAGAUGACGAAGAUGAGGAAUGUGAGGAUGAAGAUGAAGAAGAAGACGAGUUACUUUCGGAUCUGAAAUUAUCUGAGGGUAUAGACUUUGAUAAUGAAGCACCACCGCUGUCAUUAGCUACUGACGAGCUGAUGUAUAGUGAUUCGCCAUACGCAACAGGGGAGUCAAGUGAAACUAUCUCGACGGACAUUCCACUCAGUACAGUCGAAGGCUCAGGCGAGGAGACUGACUUAACUACGGAUACGUCUCUCAUUACAGAAGGAAGUGGUGAAAGCGUAAGCUCUACCGAGUCUACAGGUUCUACAGAAUCGGAAUCAUCAUCAUCACCAGCAUCUUCGGCAUCACCUGAAUCUACCCAAUCUACGGAGACUUCCGCCGAUACGACUGAAUCAACUGCCUCUUCAGGCUCAACAGAAUCAGUUUCUACCGAAUCAUCAGCAUCACCCCAAUCUACAGGAUCUACGGAAACAGUGGAAACUUCGGAGAGUAUAUCUGCCGACACUACUCCCUCAUCUUCUGAUUCCACAGGUUCAACGGAAACUACCGCAUCUCCCGAUUCUUCUGAAACACCUCAAUCUACGGAGACCACUGAUGCAUCUACUGGCACUACAGAUAUUUCUGAAACAUCUGAUUUUACAGAGUCCUCAGCUUCACCUCAAUCAACUGAUUCGACAGUCUCGGCUGCAACGGACCUAUCUACAGAGCUCUCUGAAUCAACAGAAUCUCCUGACACUACAGUUUCAUCUGCUUCUACUGAGUCCACAGCUGGAUCUUCAGAAUCCUCAUUAUCUACAGAAUCUACCGCAUCUUACUCUACACAAUCCACAGACUCUACUGUAUCUUCAUCCACUGACACAACCGACUCAACGGUUUCUUCAUCCACUGAUACAACAGAAUCAACAGAGUCGACUUCUACUGAUACAACCGAAUCUACGGUUUCUUCAUCCACCGAUACAACAGAAUCCACAGAGUCAAGAUCUACUGACACAACCGAAUCUACGGUUUCUUCAUCCACUGAUACAACAGAAUCCACAGAGUCGGCAUCUACUGACACAACCGAAUCUACACUUUCUUCAUCUACGGAUAUAACUGAAUCAACAGUGUCUUCAUCAGAUUCCACAACUGGUAGUCCGCUAUCAUCAGUAUCGACAGAUGCUUCUUCAGAUUCGAGUGAUACUACAUCUGACGUCUCUUCCGAGUCGACAGUUACCGCAUCGGAUGCCUCCACUGAAUCAUCAGUUUCUGCUGAAACGUUUACAAGCUCAGCUGCAGUCUCAACCGACUCUACCAUUUCUGCAUCGGAUGUGUCUACUGAUUCCACCGCAACUGGUUCUGACGUCACAACUGAAUCUGCUGAAACAUCUGACGCUACAGCCACAAGCGAAGGCAGCACUGAAUCUGAAACAACAUCCUCAGGCUCAACUGAAGAGAGCACAUCUAGCGGGUCAACUGGGUCCACUACUGAGGGCGUGUCAUCAGAAUCCACAUCAGAAAUUAGUACUACCGAGGGUUCUACUUUCAGUACAGAAUCCAGCGUAAGCACGGAGUCUUCUUCGUCAGCUGGUACGUCAGAGACCACAGAGAGUGGCUCAACAGAAAGUGAAGUAACCGAAAGUACCGAGACAACCGAGAGCGGACCUACUGAAUCAACGUUAAGCGAAAUCAGUGAGACGACAGUCAAUAUCUGGUCCACGACAGAGGAAAAUGAUCAAAGUUCUUCUAACAAAUUUGAAGAUCUCUUUACUAAGGCUCCUAAAGAUAAGAAAUGCAAAGUUAAGAAAGGCUGUAAAAAAGCCACAUUUGGUUGUUGUCCCGACAAAAAGACACCUGCCAAGGGACCAUUCGACAAGGGCUGUAACAUUGUUAAGACUUGUGCGGAGACCAAAUUUGGCUGUUGUUCGGACGGUGUAUCGCCAGCUGAAGGCAAAAAGAAUGAAGGCUGUCCCAAAUCUCAGUGCGCCGAGACAUUAUUUGGUUGUUGUCCGGACAAUUACACACCUGCCGAGGGUGAAGAUAACGAGGGCUGUCCCGAAACAACAACAGCACCACCAACCACCACUGUCGAGCUGUCUACAGAAGGCUCUGGUGAAACCGAAAGCACAAUCUCUACAGAAAGCACUGAAACACCGGAAACAACAGAAUCGCCAGAGAGCACAGAAGAACCAGAAAGCACAACUGAAGAGGAGAGUAAAGUGGUCAAAUCGUGUUCGUUUGGAGAGUUCGGUUGUUGUCCCGACGGCACUACCGAAGCUAAGGGCGAAAACUUUGCAGGCUGCGAGUCGACUGCAGCGGCGCCCAGAGGUUGCGUCGAAACACCAAAUGGUUGUUGUCCAGAUGGCCGUACAGCUGCCGCUGGUCCCAAUUAUGAAGGUUGUGCAGCAUGCACGCGUGAACCUUUCGGUUGCUGUCCCGAUAAAGAGACACCAGCUCAUGGUCCACUGGGCGAAGGUUGUUGCUUGCUUACCGUAUUUGGCUGUUGUCCAGAUAAUAUCAACGCUGCACGCGGACCGAACUUCGAAGAUUGUGACUGCAAGUACACACCAUACGGCUGUUGUGAUGAUCAAAAGACGGCUGCUCGAGGACCAAACAAAGAAGGAUGCAGUUGUGAAGAUUCACCACACGGCUGUUGCCCGGACAAGAUUACGCCAGCUGGUGGUCCUAAAUUCGAAGGUUGUCCAUGUCAUACAUUACAAUUCGGUUGCUGUCCUGAUGGUCUUACAAUUGCUCAGGGACCUCAUCACUACGGUUGUCAUUGCUCGCAAACCGAGCACAAAUGUUGCCCCGACGAAAAGACACCAGCUAAAGGACCGAACGGCGAAGGUUGCACUUGCUUGGAGAGUAAAUACGGUUGCUGUCCGGACGGUAUUACAGCCGCGGAAGGCGAUAAAUUCGAAGGGUGCGCUUCCGUCAAAGAACCACCACAGAAGGCGUGUGGCCUGCCCAAAGCAACUGGUCCCUGUACUAACUUUACAAUCAAAUUCUACUUCGACACCUCAUAUGGUGCAUGUGCACGUUUCUGGUAUGGCGGUUGUGAUGGUAAUAACAAUCGCUUCGAAAGCGAGGGUGAAUGCAAGGACACUUGCCAAGAGUACAAAGGCAAAGAAGCGUGUUUGUUGCCGAAAAAUGCCGGACCCUGCACGGGCUAUAAUAAGAAAUGGUACUUCGAUUCGGAUCGCAAUCGUUGCGAAGAGUUCAACUAUGGAGGCUGUUAUGGCACAUCGAAUCGUUUCGAUAGUUUGGCGGAAUGUCAGCAACAAUGCGCUAUUGAUGAGACGACACCACCCUGUGAUCAACCUGUGGAGGCUGGACCCUGUGAGGGCAACUUUGAACGUUGGUACUAUGACAAUCAGACCGAUGUCUGUCGUCCCUUCGCCUACGGCGGUUGCAAAGGCAACAAGAACAACUAUCCCACAGAGCACGCUUGCAACUACCACUGCCGUCAGCCGGGCGUACACAAAGAUUAUUGCUCACUUCCUAAGCAAACCGGUGAUUGCAGUGAACAACACCCCCGCUGGUAUUACUCCGACGUGGACAAGAAGUGCAUGCCCUUCUACUACACAGGUUGUGGUGGCAACAAAAACAAUUUCCCUACCCAGGAAUCGUGCGAGGAUCAUUGCCCCAAGGAAGUUGUCAAGGAUAUUUGCGAAAUACCCGCUGAGGUUGGCGCUUGCACCGACUACAUCCCAAUGUGGUAUUACGAUACGAAAGACCAGCGCUGUCGUCAAUUCUACUAUGGCGGCUGCGGUGGUAAUGAGAACAAAUUCCAGACCGAAGAGGCUUGCACUCAACGCUGUGAAAAGAAACCAGAACCCGAACCCGCGCCACCAGCCCCUGCACCGGCUCCUUUGUCUCGCACCAAAGAGGUCUGCCAAUACAGCCCGGAUGCUGGAGAUUGUAGUGCCUACAUUCAACAAUGGUUUUAUGAUAGAGAAGCACAAGCUUGCCGUCAAUUCUAUUAUGGCGGUUGUGGUGGUAAUGACAAUCGCUUUGAAACAUUUGAAGAAUGUAAUCAGUUAUGUGCGAUUGAGCCUGCUCCUGCACCAGAACCUGAACCAACAGCACUGGCAGCACCUGCGCCAACAAAUGUUUGUGAUAUGGUUACGGAUCCAGGAGAUUGUUAUAAUUAUGAGAUUAAGUGGUACUAUGAUAAGACGGAUGGACGUUGCAAACAAUUCUAUUAUGGCGGUUGUAGUGGCAAUGAUAACCGCUUCGACACGGAAGAGGCUUGCAAUAGCCGUUGUGUGUCGCCGCCUGUGGAUGUCGGAAUACGCUUCGGCGUAGGUGAGGCUGCGCCGGCACCAGAAUCAGCACCAGCACCAGCACCUUCACCAGAAUCGCUAGAAGAUAAAGGUUGUACAUUGCCAGCGGAUUAUGGCAGUUGCUCAAAUGGCAAUGAGACCCGUUGGUUCUAUAACUACGCGGAGGGUCUCUGUGAUGAGUUCACUUAUGGUGGUUGUGAUGGCAAUCAGAAUAACUUUAGGACCGAAGAGGAGUGUCAAGAUCAGUGUUUUGAUGUGCAACCAACAUGUUCGUUGCCUCCAUUACAGGGCAGAUGUUCCGAUCAGAUUAUACGCUGGUAUUAUGAUGAACGCGAUAAAAGUUGCUACGAAUUCGAAUUCACUGGUUGUCGUGGCAAUCGAAAUAAUUUCGUUACGGAACGUGAGUGUCUGCAGUAUUGCGGUAAUGAGCCGCCAUCUCAACCAGAGCCAGAGCCAGCUGCGCCGGCUUAUUCCGUAUGCGAUCUACCCGUUGAGACAGGCGAUUGUGAGAAUAGUACUAUGGCUUGGUUCUACAGUACUGAUAAUAUGGCGUGUACAGCCUUCACCUAUUCCGGUUGCGGCGGCAAUGGAAAUCGUUUCGAGUCCAAAGAGCAGUGUAUCCGGCAGUGUGGUGAAUUCAGGGGUGUGGAUGUAUGCAAUGAAAUGGUGGACAGUGGUCCAUGCAAUCAAUGGGAGGUACGUUACUAUUACAAUAAGACAUCCGGCUCAUGUGCGCCCUUCACUUAUGGCGGUUGUGAGGGUACUGGCAACCGUUUUACACAACUUGCUGAGUGCGAGUCGGUAUGCAUUUUAGGUCAAGAGCCGAAGAUGAGCGCGCCCAAAGACAUUUGUAAGCUGCCACCACAAAUUGGACACUGCAGUGGCCGUACAGCGGAUGAACGUCGUUACUAUUAUAAUGAUGAGUUGGGCACUUGCAUGGCUUUCAUAUAUUCUGGCUGCGCUGGCAAUCAGAAUAACUUCCGAUCUUUCGAAGCUUGCUAUAACUACUGUGCAACCACCGAAAGUCCUGUUCCAAGCGAAAACGAGGUCUUACCCAACGAAUGUGAGACGUUUGAAGAAGAAUGUCGUGCCCUGCGUUGUCCAUUCGGCAGUCGUCGUGUGCCUGAGGAGAAUACCGAUUGUACACGUUGUAUUUGUGAGAAUCCCUGCGAGCAAUAUGAGUGUCCCGAAGGUCAACAGUGUGCCGUUGACGUCUCGAAUAAUGCCGACCGUCAAUUUGCGCCCGUGUGCCGUGAAACUAAUAAGACCGGUGAGUGCCCGCGUCUCACUCAGCCGACAGAUGAAAAUUGCGGUCGCGAAUGUUACACCGAUGCUGAUUGUCGUGAGGAUAACAAGUGUUGUAGCAAUGGUUGUGGUUUUGUUUGUGUACAUCCCACACAGCCUACCACACGGCCUCGCCCGCCAGUCACAGCUGCUCCACCGGUUGUCAUCUAUCCCGGUGAGGUACCAGCUGUUUUGGAACCAAAGAAGCCGCAAGAAGUCGAUGUACAGAUACCUGCCGGUGGCAUAGCUGUUUUGCGUUGCUUCGCGACGGGUAGUCCACCACCGAAUGUUACGUGGUCUCGUAGCAAUGUCUUGAUCGACACCAACCAAGGACGCUAUGUACUUACCGCCAACGGAGACUUGACAAUUGUGCAAGUGCGCCAGACAGAUAGCGGCUCGUAUGUGUGCGUGGCCUCCAACGGACUUGGCGAUCCAGUCAGACGUGAGGUGCAGCUGGCAGUGACAGAACCAAAAGAGAUCCCCGCUUACGUGUAUGGCGAUAAGAAUGCAACCCAAAUCGUGGUACUCAAUCAACCAGCGCAAAUUCGCUGCCCCGCUGGAGGACAUCCAGCACCGCAUGUCAGUUGGUGGCGUCAGCGUAAGCGCUUGGGCUUGGUAAGUGAUCGCUUUGAGCUGACACGUGACUACUCGUUGAUGUUCCGCUCGAUAAAAUUAACCGAUCUCGGACCGUAUACAUGUGAAGUGUGGAAUGGAUUGGGUCGUCCAACUUCAAUUAAGGUUGUGCUAAAGGCUGUGGGACCGGCACGUGCCUCCAACAAUGCAGAAGCGCCUUACCUGCAAUAUAUUAUAGAUCCAGCACGUGCUAGGGCUACCGUGGCACCGCAAGCACCAUAUCGCCCACAACGACCUGCACAACCACCACCACCUGUUAUUAUCGUAGUACCGCGUCGAUCACAGUUGAUAAGCGCACAAGCUAUACUCGCGUUGGAUGCUAGAAACAGUUACACGCCAGGCUCUGCCAUAGCCAUGAAAUGCUCGGUACAGGGCUAUCCUGCACCGACUGUAACCUGGACGAAGAACUCGAUACCAUUAUUAGCGAAUGAGCGCAUACAAAUCACAGCUGAGCCACAUACUUUGGUGAUACAAAAUGUCACAACCGAGGACACGGGCAUGUACGGUUGUACGGCUAGAAACUCUGUGAGCUACAAUACCAGCGAAGAGAGAGUUACCAUUGAGUCUACGAUACCCAUCCAUCCGGAUUGUAUUGAUAAUCCAUAUUUCGCCAACUGCAAACUAAUCGUCGACGGUAGGUACUGUUAUCACAAGUACUAUGCCAAGUUCUGUUGCAGAUCAUGUACGUUGGCUGGCCAAAUUUCGUACUCCCAUCCAAAUGCGCUGUAGGCCGACUACUACGACGACGACGACGCCGACGACGAAGCGCUAGCAGCGAAAAGCGCUUUGGAAGCUGCCAUUUUGAGACAGUGGUCAAAAAGCUCAAAGCAAUAAAAAUUCCAAAAAAAAAACUAAAUAAAAAGUAAAUAAGAUAUAAAUGAAAAAAGCGAAAGUAAAAAAGAAUAAAAUAACAGUACUACUAACGUAUAUAAGAAGCACAAAUUUAGUAAGCCAGUAUUUUCCGUUAUGAAAUAAAUUUAGAAAUUAAAAGCAGAAUGCCUGCCAUACAACAAGAAAACUUUCAUAAAUACAUAUAAAAAAAAUAGCUAACUCAGCUCGGUGAAAACGAGUUUAGAGCUUCUCAGCUAUUUGAUAUACAAGUGCACAUACACACACACACAUACAUUCAAACAUUCAAAUACCUACAGCCGACCAGUAGACUCUCAGCAGCUCAGUAAUCAAUUUGUUAUUUUUUUUUUGUUAAUAAAAAAAAACUUAAAAAGCACACAAACAACAAAUACUUGUAAUACAUACACACAAAUAUGUAACGAAAAAUAAUAGCUUUUACAUACAUUUAAUAUACAAACGUACAUAUAUAAACUAUGAAUAUAAAUUUAGUUUUUAAUUUGUUCCUAUUUAUUGUUGUGGUGCCCGUUGAGGAACAUUUGUGAUGCACGUAGUGGAAGGUCGCCUUCGUACAUACAUACAAAAACAUACAAAGAAACAUGGAAUAUAAGAUAUACUUCGCGUCUUUGGGUACAGUCACAAGGAUAAACAAUAACAACACUCACAAAAGCACAAACUGCACACAUAAACCAAUGUACUAAUACUCACACAAACAAAAAAAAAAAAAUAAAACAAAAAAUAAAAAUGAAAACAACAACGAUAAAAUGGUUAAUUCAAUUUGUAAUAAAUAUUAAUUUAAACGAUUUAUUUUAUUAUUAUUAUUAUUAUUAUUUUUCUUUUUGUAAUUACAAAGUGCCUUAUUUACGGUUAAUGUUUUUUUUUUGUAUGAUUAAAGUAGAGAUUUGUGCAUUGAUUGAAAAACUACGUAAAGAGAGUUACUAAACAAUUUUGUAAAUAAAGUAAUGAUGUAAAA